AUGAGUAAUAAGAAAAAAUUUGAGGAAAAAAAUUGCUCGUUUAACGCUGAUCCGUGGCUGGCCCCUUUGUCUCUCCUCUUGUCUACCCUCUUUUGCGAAAGGGGGGCCCCACGCAGAAACAUAGGUUCGUUCUGGAGCUUCAUCAAAUCGAAGAAAAAUGACGACAACGAGUCCAAGCCCACCGUGGCCCACCUGGGGGAGGAGAACAAAUUUUACUUCAACAAGGAGCUGAAGCGAUGGGUGAUAAGCGGCGAGGAAGACAAAGUGGAGAAUGAGGAGAAGGUGACGGCGCCCCCCAAAAUGAGCACUUUACAAAACGCCAGCCAGGGCUACCGCUCACUGAUGCAGCAGAACAAAACGAGGAGUGCCCGCACCAUCUACGCAGAGAUCCCCGGAUUAAAAACGAUUAAGAAGAAGAGCACGCAGAUGCAAGGGGGAAUUGUGUCCCCUUAUAUGAUGGAUUCAGCCAAGAACGAAUUAAGUAGCAACACGACCGAUGAAAAUCGAUCGGAGCCAUUUGGCUCAAACAUGUUCAUACCUUGUGUGAAAGUUCAAGAGAAAAAGCACGUCGAUGGGAAGUCCCCUCUGGACAAAAAUGAAAGUGACGCUGAAUUGGAAGCUAACCCUAAAUUGGGGGGCAAAGGAGAGGGGGAAAUCAUUAAGGACACUGUCGAUGAUACGGGUCUGGGUAACAGAGCGACAGAAAUCAUUCCCAGUGGGGGCAGCAAAAUGAAAAGGGAUAGUACUGACCAACUGAACCAAAUAAAUGGAAAGGAUUCAAAACAGGACAGUAACAUAAUACCUAGUGGAGAAAAAAGUAUCUUCAUCCCAAAGGUUCAGAUGGAUUGCGAAUCGAAGGGUAACCUUUCUAGGGAGAGCUUUUUUAACUCAAAUAGAAGUAACGACAGGCGAAGAUCCAUACAAGACAGUUACGCGAGAAAUGGAGUAUCCAGUGAAAGCCUCCCCAAAGGGCACGAACUGAAAGGAGGCUUCGACAGUUUUAAUCAUCCAAAUGGGGUUAUUAACAUACCACCCAAGGAAGGGCGAAGUGAUCAUAUGGCUAGCUCGAUUAAGAGGGAGGAUCAAAGCAGCAGUUUCUACGGUAACAUCGGUUUAGGGUCUAAUGAAGGAAAGGGAACACCUCCCCCGUUGAGCAGGGGGCCUCCACCGGUGGUACCCCCUAUGGGAGUUCCCCCUAUGGGAGGUGCUGUGAAACCGGUUUACUUUGAACGGCUAGACCGGGGGGACACAAAAUUCGCAACCAUGCCGAAUGGCACUUACAACGGGCGCGCAAUGGAAGGGGCCCAAACGAGAGCCCCGCAUCUUGGACCCAAUGGGAGGGAUACCUGGUCUAAGAGCAACGAUGAUAUGGUGAGAAGUAUCCCAGUUAUACCUCCCCCUAAUAUGUACCCAAAUAAAGCGGUGGUAGAAGAGGAUGAAAAUGUGAUUGCAAAUCCGGUGUCCGAACAAAAUGAGAAGGCCCCCUCCAUGAGUGACAACUACCCAGGAGGUUUCUUCCCCAAGAAGGAAAAGGAGCUAAUUGAGCAUUUUUUAACUGCACUGAAUGAAAGCUUAACGAAGGAGGACGAAGGUUUUAAGUGUCGCCUACAGGAAGAAGCGGAGAAACUUCACUCAAUUGCAGAAGAAGGAAGUGCGUUGGACACUCUUUAUAGAAAAAUUAGCCGAUUGAGGAGUAUAAAAGAGGAGAGCGAAGAGGAAGAAGCACUAAUCGCGUCGCACUUAGACGAAGGGGGUAAUACCACCCAAUGUAGAGAAGCCGAGGCGGAGGAACAAUCCAAACUGAACAACAUUCUACACCUAAUAGACAGUAAAAAUAAAAAAAUUAAAAAAGAGAUGGAAACAUUUGUGAAUGCUUACAACCAGCUGAGAAAGGUAAAAAUGAAAAAUGAAGAAAUCAUUCGGAUGUACAAAAAAAGGGAAAAAAAAAAUCUGAACAUGCUAAAGGAGAUGGAGGAAAAAGACAGAAGAAGGAGUGCCUCUUUUAAUAAGAAGGAAAAAAAGUACCAAGAGGAAAUCAUGGAGAAACAAAAGAACCUCCAGUUGGAAAUUAUGAAUCGUGAAAAAGAGCUGGAGAAAGUGAUGAGGGAGCACCAGGUAUCUCUCAGGAUGAAGGAGGAAGAAUUGGAAACGCUCAGAGGGAAGGGAGUCGCACUGAAGGAGGAGAUGAAGAAAGUGGAGUCCGAAGCAGAGAGAAAGGUAUCUAUGCUGAAGGACGAAUUCGAAGCGAGGAGGAUCAAAGAGAUGGACGAGCUGGCCAACCAGCAGAGGGAAGUGACGAAGGGGGCAAUGGAGGAGGAGGUGAGGGGCGAGCUGCGAGGUGAGCUGCGAAGCGAACUUAGACAUGAAGUUAUGGCCGAUCUGAGAAGCGAACUUAGACAUGAAGUUAUGGCCGAUCUGAGAAGCGAUCUGAGAGAUGAAGUGAUGACUGACCUGCGAACCGAACUGAAGGACGAAGUUAUGGGCAAGCUGCGAACCGAACUGAUGGACGAAACGGCGGGUGAUCUGGAAAAGGCGAAGAAGAUCGCGGAAGAUAACUUUAACAGCAAGCUAGAAAAGUAUAAAGAAAAAAUGGAGGAAAAUAAAAAUGACUUCAUUAACAAUCUUAUCAUACAGAAAAACGGCGAAGUGGAGGCUCUGAGGUGCCAGAUGGAGAAAAUGAAAAACGAGGAAAUUUGCCAAUUGAAGGAGGAACAGCAGAGGGAGCUUAACGAACACAUGGAGCAGAUGCGGCAGAGCCUCCUGGAGGAGGAGCAGAAGCACCAGCAGCAGAUGGAGGAGCUCAGACGGGAGUGCCACUCGCAGAAGAGUAGAGAAAUCGAGGCGCUGCGCGGUGAAGUGAGCAGGAGGGAGGAGGAACUGGAGAGGCUAGCCCGGCUAGAGAAACAGCUGAGCGAGGAGCACGAGGAGAAGUUGGCUCAGCUGGAAAACUCGCACGAGGAGAGGCUGGCUCAGCUGGAAAACUCGCAUGAGGAGAGGCUGGCUCAGCUGCACAGCGAGAUCGAUCGGCUUCACACCGAGAUGAACCACAUGGCGAAGGAGAAGAGACAUCUCGAAUUGAACGUUGCGCUGCUGAAAGAGGAAAAGGAAAACGCCAUAAACAGAAAUCAAAACCUGGAAGACAACCUAAAGAAUAACGAAGAAAUACACAACAGAAGGGUUAAUCUCCUCCAGGAACAGAAAGACAAACUGGAGAAGGAAAUAAAAGAAAUCGUACAAAAUAAGACAAAAGAAUCCGAACAAAUUAGAGAAAAAUUUGCUGACCUUCUACAAGCAGAGAUUAAUAGAAUUAAAAAAGAAUCCGAACAAAAGGUACACACGUAUGUGAAGCAAUACGAAGAAAUGAGCGAAGAGUAUGAGACGAAAAAAAAAGAAUUCAGUGACUUGCUGGAGAAAGCAAACAAUAAUAAUAAAGAUCUGAAUAAAAAAUAUGAAGAAAAUGUGAUCAAAAUAAAUGAAUACGAAGGAAUGAUUAAGAUGCUGGAGAAUCAGACAGAGCAGAUGGUACGAAACAAAAUCGAAGAACUAAAUGAAGAAUUUGAAAAAAAAAAAGAAAUCUUCGAAAAGGAGAAAAAAGAGCUAUUACAGAAUUGUGUACACCUUGAAGAGAGUCACAAGAAAAUCAAGCAGCAGCUGGAGAAUGAGAUUAAUCUGGCCAUACAAGAGAACGAAGAGAAUAUUGUCCGCAUUACCAAUACGUACGAGUCCAGGGUGCACGAGAUGGAGAAGCGCUGCGAGCUGCUAAUGAGUCAAUGCAGCGAGCUCAAAAUGAAGAACGACGAAAUGAUGGAGAGCUUCUCCAGGGAGAAGGCGCAGAGGCAGCGCAGCAUGGAGCGUCUGAGCAGCGUCAACGAUCAGCUGGCCACCCAGAAUGAUCAGCUGGCUACCCAGAAUGACCAACUGAGCGACAACCUGAACGAAGUCAAAAACGAAUUGUCCACCCUGCAAGGAAAGUACGAACAAGUGGCUAGCCAAAACGCCCACCUGAAGAGCAGCGAAGAAGAGCAAAAGAGACUCAGCCACAGGUUGAGCGAUCUAAAAAAUAUAAAUAGGGAUCUCCUUCGAGUUACAGAAAAGGAAAGAGAAUUAAACGUAAAAAAUGUGAACAUCAUAAAAUCUUUGCAAGAACAAAUAAAGGAACAAACGAAUUUGUACAAAGAGUACACAGAUGAAUUGAAAGAUGAAAUCGACAAACUAAAGCGAGUGACUGAAUCGGAAUCGAAUUCAAGCCUGUCGCAGUUAUUUAACGAAAACAAAAAAUUGAAAUUGCAAAAUGAGGUGAUAACCACCAAGAGCGAGACCAUGUCCGCUGCCCUCGACACCCUGACCAAGAGACUCAGCUUCAUCGAGGCCAGCAUUCGGGACAAGGACUAUGGCCAGGAGGUCAUCCGACGCGCGGAUGAGUUGCAGUGA